AUGGGAGAGAGACAGGGAGAGAAGAAGAUGGAGCAGAGACUCGUAGAGGCAGCCAUUCAAGGGAAUACGGCCUCACUGAACCAAAUACUUGGCGAAGAUCCGCUGAUUCUUGAACGAGUAAAGACGGGUUGUUUCGUCUACACUCCUCUCCACGUGGCCGCGUCCAAGGGGCGCCUGGAAUUUGUCCGGAAGCUGUUGGAGAAGGAGGAGGAACUCGCCGGAGUGCUGGACGAGCGGCGGCAGUCGGCCCUCCACCGGGCGGCGGCCAAAGGAUACCACGAGAUUGUGGACGUUUUAGUGGGAUAUGACGCCGACAUGUGCUUGAAUCUGGACGGCGACGGCAGAAAUCCUCUGCACCUGGCGGCCAUGAAGGGGCACGUCUCAAUAUUGCGUGUGCUCUUUGAGAAGAAUCCCCAUGGGAUUCAUGAGUCGCUCAAAGCUAUAGAUGGCGGCGGCAACACCAUCCUUCAUCUGGCUGUCAAGAAGAAGAAAUUUGAGACCGUGAUGUUCUUGCUUGAUAAAAUAAAAAAUCAAGUGAAAGCGAAGAACAUACAACAUACAGACAAUCCCGUAAACACGAUAAACAAAUGUGGGUGCACCGCUCUAGACAUUCUGAAGGAAUUCAAAUCUUCUAAUGAACAAGAUUAUAAAAAUGUCAAGAAGAAGUUUAGAAAAGCUGGUGCCUUGAAAGCUGCUGCCUUGAAAGCCGGAGAAGUCAAUCAGGUUGAGGGGCUAUACAAGAGGCAAAAUACGUUGAUGGUGGUUGCGUCGCUUAUCGCAAGCGUGGCUUUCCAAGCCGGGGUGAACCCUCCUGGUGGUGUCUGGCAAGACAAUGCACCCAACAAUUCAACAAACGAGACCCAUACAGCUGGAGCAGCUGUGCUGGCUUAUAAAUACCCAGAUAUGUAUACAAUGUUCUUUCAUGCCAACACAAUAGGAUUUGUGUCAUCACUAAGCAUAAUUCUGUUUCUAGUGACCGGAUUGCCCUUCAAGAAAAAGUGGUUUACGCGGAUCUUGGUGCUGAUCAUGUGCCUCACAGUUACAUCCAUGGCACUUGCAUACGCUGUUUCAAUCCUCGCAGUCACCCCGGAGGAACUUGGAGCAGUCAAUUCCUUUAAUUUAGGGGUAAAAGUUUGGAUCGCGGUGAUCUGUGUUAUUGUGGUAAUCCACACCAUUCCCUUGCUGAACAGGUGGUUGAAGGUCAUCUGGGAUAUAAUACGGCCACUGAUGAAGAAGUUCAUGGAAUUCAUCUCAGCGUGGUUGAAGGACAGCUGGGAUAUAAUACGGCCACUGAUGGAGAAGUUCAUGAAAUUCAUCUCACCUUCAAGUAACCAACGCCUACCAACUUCAUCUAAUGGGAAUGAACCCCAACCCGCUCCAGCUGCUUAAUGGGAACGGGAACACAGUUUGAUCUAUAAUAACUAGCCUUAUCCGUGAGUUUCAAUUAGUGAAAGGAAGAUGGCAUAAUUGAUGGACUGAGCAGAGAUCUCUUUUAGAAUGUGUUAAAUGUAUUGCCUUCUUGUUCCUUUUAUGGAAAGUGGAUAAUUUCUUCGAAGUCGAAUCACGUUUUAUAUGUUGCUGUAUUGUUCAGGAACUUGGUGUUUGAUUUAUAUGUUGCUGUAUUGUUCAGGAACUUGGUGUUUGGCUGUAAGAUCUGUCAUUAUUAUGAACCCAUUUCUAGUUA